UGUUAGAGAUUGGAUUCUAGUAAACUAACUGUGUCUUUUUUUGUGUGUGUGUGUUUUUUGUUCUUCUGUUUAUAUUAGAAAUUGGAUUGUAGUAAAACUAAUUGUGUCUUUUUGUAUGUUUAACGUUAUAAAAUCUGACAAAAGAAGAAGAAUGGAAGAUUUGAAGAGCAUGAGUAGGACUAACAUUAUGUGCACCUGAAAUUGGUUGAGUUUUUCAGAGUUAUAAUUCCAAAUGUACAAUCCCAAUGGCCCAUUUCAUCUGGGUUAUUCUCGUUCAUUAUUAUUCAGUUUGGGCCAAUUUGAACCUACAUUUGCUUUUCUUGUGGAUUUUGUCAUCUGGGAUUUCUUUGGAUUGAAAUCCUUUUGGGAUUACACAUAUCAGAAAAAUGAGAUUAUAUCAUUAACAGAAAGCUAUCUAUAGAUAAGAGCAGAUGUUGAUGCAUUGAAUGUAAGUUUUUUUCGUCAAAAACGAAGCUGAAUUGGGCUUUAUAAGUAGCAAAAUGGGGUUACUUGUGAAGCCAUAACCUUCAAAUAUUUGAGAAUGGACAAGUCUAACAGAACCAUCAAGAAAUCCAACAAUGGUGGCUGCAGAAUUUUAAAGUUUAUGUGCAUGUCACCAAGGGGCCAACCAUCUGAAGAAACUAAUGGUGACCCUCCCGCUGCUCCAAUUUUCUCGUCUUCAACAACCAGUGAUGCUGAAACUGCUCCACCAAACACUCCUAAUACAUGCAGGGAACUGGUAAUAGCUUCUAAGCUUCGAAACUUUACUUUCAAUGAGCUGAAGUUGGCGACAAGGAACUUCAGAGAAGAUUGUCUUCUUGGAGAGGGCGGCUUUGGUUCUGUUUACAAAGGUUGGAUCAAUGAGAAUGGAAGUUCGCCAGUGAAACAAGGCACUGGGCUUCCUGUUGCAGUAAAGACUCUAAAUAAACAUGGACUUCAGGGUCAUAGGGAGUGGCUUGCUGAAGUAAACUUCCUUGGGAAGCUACACCAUCCAAAUGUGGUUACAUUAGUAGGCUAUUGCAUGGAAGACGCUAAGAGGCUACUCGUCUACGAGUUUAUGGCUUGUGGAAGUUUGGAGAAUCACUUAUUCAGAAGGACCGUGCCUCUUCCUUGGCGCAUCAGGAUGAAAAUAGCAUUAGGGGCAGCACAGGGCCUAGCAUAUGUUCAUGAAGAAGCUCAAAAACCGGUUAUAUAUCGAGAUUUUAAAGCAUCCAACAUCUUAUUAGAUGGGAACUACAAUGCUAAGCUAUCAGACUUCGGGCUUGCCAGAGAUGGGCCCGAGGGAGAUAAGACGCAUGUGUCGACACGUGUAGUGGGCACACAGGGCUAUGCUGCUCCAGAGUACGUUAUGACUGGGCAUCUGACUAUGAAAAGUGAUGUCUAUAGUUUUGGGGUGGUUCUCCUUGAAAUAAUAACUGGGCGAAUUUCCAUGGACAAGAGAAGACCAAGGGUUGAACAGAACUUAGUGGCAUGGGCAAAACCAUAUCUUGUAGAUAGGCGUAAUUUUUGCCGGAUUAUAGAUCCUCAUCUUGGCGGCCAAUUCUCAAAGAAAGAAGCACUUAGGUCCAUUGAGAUUGUUGCUCUCUGCCUUAGAAGGAAUGCGCAAUCCAGACCUGCAAUGAGUGAAGUCGUGGAGAUGUUGACACCUCUGCUUUCAACAGGAGAAAUUGCCUCCGCUCCUAACAUGCAAAUUGGUGUCAACUCAAAUGUCAAGAACAGCAAUAAUGUGCAGGCAGGGGUUGUAGCAAAGGACAAACAUGCAGCUGGGAGCCUCCCUUCACCAAAUGGUUCAUACGCGUCAUCAUCUAACUAUACCCUUACUAACAAACCUUAACUAGGUUAACAAAAAUAUAGCUUAGUUUUCGCUGUUCUCUGUUUUGUUCUUAGCCUAGUCGUGCUUAUGGAAAGACUUUAUAGAAUGCUGGAAGCAGAAGGUGAAACUUCAAGCGCAUACAAGUCAAUGAUAAUUGUAUAGGUGUUAUACCUUUCCCCCCCCUCUUUAGUGUGAUAUACAGUAUAUAUUGUAGUUGACAAGUUCAAUUGUCAUAUUUAGCUUUUUCUUUAUGAAACAAGAUUUGUCCAUAAGUAAUGCAAUUUUCCAAAUUGCUGAAGUAA